AUGGGUCUCACAUUCAGCAAGCUGUUCGACCGGCUCUGGGGAAAGAAGGAGAUGCGUAUUCUGAUGGUCGGCCUCGAUGCCGCCGGAAAGACCACCAUUCUGUACAAGCUGAAGCUCGGUGAAAUCGUCACCACCAUCCCUACCAUUGGCUUCAACGUCGAGACUGUCGAGUACAAGAACAUCCAGUUCACUGUUUGGGAUGUCGGUGGUCAGGACAAGAUCCGUCCCCUGUGGAGACAUUACUUCCAGAACACCCAGGGUAUCAUCUUCGUCGUCGACUCCAACGAUCGCGACCGUAUCGUCGAGGCCCGUGAGGAGCUGCAGCGCAUGCUGAACGAGGACGAGCUGCGGGAUGCUAUCCUCCUGGUCUUCGCCAACAAGCAGGAUCUGCCUAAUGCCAUGAACGCUGCCGAGAUCACCGACAAGCUCGGUCUCCACAGCCUGCGACAACGGGCCUGGUACAUCCAAUCUACUUGCGCUACUUCUGGUGAUGGUCUGUACGAGGGUCUUGAGUGGCUCGCCACCACCCUGCGCAAGGCCGGCCACCAGUAA